AUGACUGGAUCUAGGGAGGAAGAAGUCACCAAUGGGAAAGAUCAACCCGAAGUAUCAGAAGGUCAGUCCGAUCCCACGAAGGAAAGUUCUCAAUCUGGAAUCCCGUUUGAAGGAAUAGCCCAUGUGUGGGGAUACUCUGUCCUCCACUUUGAUUUCCGUUCAUGGAUAGGCUCCUCAUGGUUCAGCACACCAACAGCACCUGGAACCCUGAGCUCCUCAGGAGGGUGGGGAUUGUACUUCUUGGAUCAGCUGGGGGUGUGGACAUGCGGAGAUUUUUGGCCAUGGGUUGCCAGAUGUUUGUUAAGUGCCAUCGUGGUUUUGGGAGCAAUUUUGAUUCUCUACUUGCUAUUGGUUAUCUGCCGGCCCUGUCAAGCUUUCUGCAAAUGUUGCUGCAGACAGACCAGAGCAGUAGCCAAAGAGGUGGGGGAGCUCCUCCCCGAACUUAGACCUGGGGGCACAUACGAAAAGCUGGAUAUCCGUGGACCCGCCUCUAGCGGGGGCGUCGAUUCCGAAUUCUACCAACGAGGCGUCAAGGGUCGAGGUUCAGAAAGAAAACCCAAUGACGUAGCUGUUGUGGUGAAUGACCAAAUAGCUCGCUUGAAGGUAGACGGGGAUCAUUGGGCACGUGUGGAUCGAUACGGGUUAUGGGUUCGUCUCCGUGGAGUGAAGGGUUCCACGUCGAAAGCGCUUCGCCAAACGUUGGAACAGGAGGGGAAAAUCCAUCUCUGUCGCGAGCAGCGGUGUCCGCUUGAAUUGCAACCAACACCCGGUCUACAUUGCAAAGCUUACGCUUCGGUGGAUGCCAAUGGGCUGGUGGAUUUGGGAGCUUAUGCAGGGUGGUCCACCCGCAGGGUGAUCGUCUUGAUGGGUCGAUGGCUACGUAGAAUGGUGCGGGGGCUUAGUCUCUGCGUGUACUAUCUGACGGGAUGGUUCAUUCUCAGACAACUUUGGGCAAAGCGGACGCCACCCAGAACCAUAGUCGAAGGAGCCGUCGUCAGACCCUUGGAUGCGGAAUCUGAAUCUGAAGUAGAGGUACAAGAUGACCCUUGUGAGGCCGUAUUAGUCGGUUUGGAACAUGGAGGCAAACCGAGAGCAUUGGCCACAGACCCAUGUGCAGAUCGGGCUAUCGGAGAGCCGGUCCGGCUCCUGGAGAGGGACAGAGAACUCUCUGACGUCAAAAGGAGAUCCUCCGUCAGGCUUUGCGACCAUCAUCGGCAGCUCUACGUGGCGGCAUGUUCAAGCCGAAAAUGCAGCGUGUUGGCUUGCUACGAACAGGUUGAUGGUGCCAAACAGGGAGUUCCCCUCUGCAAGCACCACCUGACGGACCUUGGUGGUUGUGCUCGCCCUACCCGCAGGGUUAGCUGGACACAUGAGAGAGAUAGCUCCAUUGCACGAUCCGAGGCAUCUAUGUCCGAAGGAGAAUGCCUCACCCCUGCACGAAGAAGCCGCCGGAUCAUCUUUGACGGCGCUGAACGACUUGGGCCCAGGGCUGCUUCGGCCGAUCCUAGUGAAUCCCAGAAGAAGAUUGAAGGCAAGCUUGAGAAGGGCCCGUGCAUGGUGCUCCUCAGACCAAAGUCAUUACAAACCGCGGAGGCCCCACCCAGGUGGACUGCAUGGUUGGGGCGCAUCGAGGGGUUCGCCGAAGAAGGGCGCAGCCAGGAGCUGCUCGAAGUCCACAUCCCUUCCUUGAAGCAAACGUGUGUGAUCCACAGAAGGCUGUUGAAAGGGUCCCCUCGAGACAACGGGGCGGGUCGAAUUAGUAAGCAUUGGGUGCAGAAGUUCCUUCAGCAUACCCAUGACGAAGAAGUCGGCCAAGGGAUAUCGGUCUUGGUCGCGCGCCUGUCCGAAGACCAAGCAGCGGCCCUGAAUGCCUGGGACGGUGAGGUGACGGAUGAAGGAGCGAAGCCAAGUAAAGCCUGGCAGGGGAGACUCUACCGGGAGAUCCUCCCACAUGCUGAUGCAUAUUUGCGUGAAGAAGCUGAGAUGUCCGACGACUUUAUGACACCGCCAAAGCCGAAAGUCGAGCUGGAAGAGGGUGCGGGACCGGCGAUUCCACCCUUCCCAGACCUAGAUGAUUCAGAUCGCCAGGGAAGAAUGGAGGCGGCUCGAAGAGCUCUUGACCAGCACAUUGAGGGAGAGAUAGAUUCCGAAGUGUUGCAGACCGUGGCCACUGCCUUCGACCUAGAUCAUGAGCAACUGGCUCAGUCGAUGUAUGCGAGGAAUCACCGCCUUAGCUACUCGAAGCCAACGACACCACCAGGAUUGGGAGCCGACCAAAGCGAAAUGGAGUUUGCAAGAAGACCCGUGACGGCAACUAUGCCAGGAGGAGUGACCGUAAAGCCAGCAGUCCCCCGGCCGGCGAAUCCACUUCUGCCGAGGAGCUCCUCCUCAAUCCCCCCGGUCCAGAGAGGUGGAUUGUCGCUCUUUCCCAAGGGGUCAGGCGGUCGAAACAGUCUCGUGAAACCAGCAUCGGAGCAGAUGCCGGAUGGCAGAGCAGGAGCCACGUUCGGAGAAGCCCUCGGAGACAGCACACAAGUCCAGAGCGCGGACCGCAUCAUUCACGCCAUCGACGGUCUGAGAAGAGCACAGGAUGACGACAAAAACCUCACGAAAGGGACCUUGAGUUCUAUCAAAGAGGCGGAGAAGAUGGACGUCUUCCUGGCACGAGGCUGUGGCACCCUGACCGUUGAACUCGCACCGGGAGUGUACGGGAAGGAACUUUUCCACGCGGGGAAAAGGGUGGCAAAUCACGCUCGCCAUAUGCUGCACUUGAUCAAAUGGCCGGUGCUGAUGACCAACAGGGUCCUACUUGGCAUCGCUGGUCUGUGGUGGGGUGGCAAAGACACCUAUACCUUGCACGCAAGUGACUGCGUUACCGCUCGGUCCGAGCAGUUGGACAGUUGGAAUCCGUCCUCCGACAACAAGAUCGAAAAUCGCAUGAGACCACCAGGAGUCUUCAACACUUGGCUCAGGUACGCGGAAAACUCAGUUCGCGUGUUUGGAUCCUGCUAUGGUACAGAGCAUAUCCAAGAAAGGCUCGAUUGUCUCCAAGCCCUGAAGGAGGCCCAUGAAGAAGACGAGCAUGCCUUCCCAGCUGCCUACUGCAUCGAGCUCUUUGAGGAACUUGUCGCGGCUUGGUGCGAAGAACUGCGAGAAAGCAGAAGGAAACUCUGCUCUCUGCUGGGGACCGAAAAUCCACGGCUUGAAGACCUGAAGCUGCUAGCUUUGGCGCCGGGAGCGGAUGGGCAAGCAAACUUCCAGUUUCCAAGCAUAUGGGAUCUGGGCGACCCGAACGGAUAUUACCAGACAGUUGUGGUACCCAGGCAGCAAAGGCAAAUGUCGAGGCUGCUCCACAAGCAGCUGCACGACCACAACCUCAAGCAGAAGAAGACAGCUGGUCCAGCUGAAGAUGAAGAGUCAAGGACAGGGAAAGCCCCAAAGCUUAACCUGAAAGACAAAGAGGCCGAUGGAUAUGCGGGCGGCAGCAUGAAAUCAGCCUACCCAGCUGGAAAACGGCUUACACAAGGAGAAGCUUCACGGUCCGUGGAGCACGCACCUAAGGAUCCCAAGACCAACAAACCUAUCUGCUGGGAUGCGGCCACACACAUGGGAUGCACAAGAGGCGACAAGUGCCAGCACGCGCACGAGCCUUUGCCGGGAUUGGCCAAACUUGACUACACAGUUGCCAUGCAGGUCAUUCGAAGAGGAGGACUCAAAGGUGGGCCGAAAAUCGAUCCCAAAGAGGUCGACGGAAGGGUCGCUCAGCUGCGAACCCAGGCAGCGGCGGAUAAGGCCGACAAGAUCCAACCUAGCAAGAAAGCGAAAGUCAAGCCCAAGCCAAAGGCCAAAGCUGGGAAGGAAGCUGAGGGUAAAGCUGAAGAAGACAAGGUUGGGAACACCCAGUGGGUCGCACCUGAAGACUAUGAUAUCCCUCUGACCCAUCUCGAGACUGACUUGCAAGAGGCGGUUCAGGGCCCAGAUGAGGGCUGGCUGCGAAUACCCUCACAACCCACUGAGCAAGAAGCCGCUCCGGCUUGGGAUGACCAGAGCCAAGAGGAGCGGGAAAGGCUGAAACGAUGGAAGUCGCUGGAGGAGAAAGGGGUUCUGGCGGCCUUGGAUUCGCCCACGGAUUAUCUCAGGUCCCAUGUGAUUGCACGUAUGAUGGCAGCACAAGAUGAAGGAUAUGAACUGGAGCUGAACCGGUGUCUCGAAGAUGCGGCAGAACAUGGACAUCCCGCGCUCUCUAAGGAAGCCGGACGUCAACUUGAGCUCCUCAAGCACGAGCCAAAAGCGGGUCACCAAGCGGAUGUCGAAUUUACGCCCAUCACAUGGGACGAGGGUAUUGGUCAUGGCCUGUUGAACUUUCAAGGAAACUUGUCGCAUAUCGGCUCAGUCACGGUCCGUGACUACCAGGAUCGCUUGAACGCAAAAGACAGCGAGGUCCCACUGCAAGACGGGCAGUUGGAAGAAGAGCGCCAAUGCCUGCCUCUUCAUGUGGGUGUCGGGUUAGCGUUGGCCGAUGAUCCAUCUGUAGAACUACGAGAGGCCGUAGCCAGAGCCAACCAGUUGAGAAAACAUCUCUGGGAUGAAGCAGUGGAGGCUCACGCACACCUUGGCGAUCCGCCAGCGUGGAUACCUGAGGGCGAGCACUUCUUGCGUCAAAACGUCCAUGAUUGCCUCUUUCCUCACCACGAGAAAGACUACCGCGCCUUGCAAACCCUCACAGGAUCCAUGCUGCAAGGAUACACGUUGGCGGUCCUCAGGAUUUCCUAUUUUGGUCGGUUGGAGGUCGACUUGCUCCACGGAGAUGAUGCUGGCAAUGGGAAGCUAGUUUUCGUUACCAUCCACCGGGGGCAUAUGCGCCUGCUUCUUCCACAACAGCCCCAGCAGCUGUUGGAUCACCUGAGGACUGCAGACAAGGUCACCAGGGAACUUCAGGUUGAACAUUGGAGGGUGAUCUUGGACCAGAGCAAAGUGGAGGAUCAGAUGGUUCCAGCCAAGUCCCCCGCCUGCACAAGAUGCCAGCAACAGCAGCAAAGGCCUUAUCGUGUUGGUGAAGGAUUCCCGUUGCCACCGGCUUCAUUUGAGUCCUGCUUGCAGGAUGAUCCACAGGCUCUUCAAAACAGCGGUGUGCCUCUGCGAAAAAGGCUCGCCUUCGCCUAUGGGCCAAUUGGUCAAGAGGUGUACGCUGGAUGGGCAGGAUGGACCAAGGGGCUUCAGUACCAGGGGAUCCCGUGCGGAGAACCCAUUGAAUACUAUGAGGACCCGAUCGAGCAAAAGGGCUUUAAGCCGCAGCAUGAUACCCGUGACCCGAAGGUCCGAGAACGAUUGCUGGGAUUAGCUGGUGCUCCACCAGGGCCCGAUGUCCCCAACACUUGGCAGCUUGGAGUCGUUUGUACUUCCUUCUGCGACCACCAGCUGAAGAACGGUGGCAGCAGGACCUGGCAACGCCCACAAGGCGACGGCACUCGUCCCUCUGAAGUUCAAGGAAAUGAAGACGCAGAGUUCGCAGCCGAACUUUGUACGGUUCUGGCGGACAACGGAAGAGUCUUCGCAUUGGAGAGUAGCGCGCCGUCGGGCCGCUACCCCAAGAUAUGGGACCUGCCUUGUAUGCAGAGGCUCCGCCGCCGCACCGGCGCAAAAAUUGUCUCUAUGGCUAUGUGCGCUUGGGGUCUGGGACCGCCUGAGACUGAGGAGGGCCUGUUUCAUCGCAAGCAUUCUUGGUGGCUGGUCUCCCCAGAACUCUACCCAUGGGCCUUGUUAUUCCUUGGUAGGCAGUGCCCAGGAGUCGGCCCGACUCACCAGCACGCACCCUUGAAGGGACCCAGUCCAAUUCCUCAAGUACCUCUCACUCGACUGGCACAGCAAUACGCACCAGCUUUGUGUGCAGCCUGGGGUCUGGUAGUCCGAGCAGCCUUUGAAGAAUGGAGCUGGACAACAUAUCUGCAAGAGCACAGCGUGCUCAAAGCCCUAGAGAAAUGUUGGACCGAACUGGACGCACCCCCUUGGCCGGCUGAUCCAGCCAAUACGUUGGAGCGAACCCUUGGCCAACAUUUGGCACCGGUGGUUGCUGGCCAAGCGGAUGGACCAGGCCUCCCACAUGGCUACACCUGUUCAGGAUGCGAACUCCAACAGAUGGUCUACCCUUGUACGUUUUGUGGGGGGGAGGGGUCUGUUUCCGAUCCCGAAAAGCAAGCUGAGGGGCAGGGCACAAGGGCAGGCAGCGUCGACGACGCCAAUGGCCAAAGCACUGCUGAGAAAUACUUGGAGGUAUGCCAGAGUGCUUACAGCAAGGAGGCAGUGAGAAAAGCCACAGAGGCAGGAAAUGCGUUGUUGAGGGCCGCCGGCUCGGUGCCAAGAGCAGCUGAAUUAGUCAACAAAGCGAGGCUGAGGAAGUAUGGGGAACACUUCCAGAAGGCAAAGGAAGGAGCAUUGAAAGGGCUCAGCCCCCUACACGAGCAAUACUUGAAAGACUGUGUGCUCAAGGGCGUGCCCAGCCGAGCUAAGAGUACCCCCAAGAGAGAGAAGGCCCGAAACCACGGCUCCGUCAGGGGGCACGAGGAAGAGAUGCUGCAGAAGGCAUGGAAAGACGCAUCUUAUGGGGCGGUACUUCUGUGUUCCACAGAGACCGAGGACCAAGAAGAAAAUCGGCAAAUCGACCAGAUACUGACCGAGAGCAAGGUGGCCGAGAGCCCUCUCGGCCGAGUGCCCAAGCAAAACCCCGACAGAACCAUCUCAGCGGAAGGUCGUCCCAUCAACGAUAUGCGAGCCAGGAAUGCUUCGGGCUCCAAAUACGACCACCCACCCGCCGCUCAGCCUAGGCACAGAGCAGUGGUCAGGCAAAGCCUUUGGUGGAGGGUGCGACACCCGAAGGUUCCACAGAGGUGUGCGAAACGCGAUGUGCCAAGGGCUUUUAAGUGGCACUUCCUCAAGCCGGGCGAUGUCCCUGAAUUCUGCACGAGGAUUCUAGGUGUGCUGAUCCUGAGUCUGGUGAUGGUGUUCGGUUGGGUAGGAGCGCCAGGGGAGUUCGUGAUAUGGGCCACCGCAGCCCAAAAGCACCACGGGUCGUUCCGACCAUGCCAUCCUCAAUUCAACGAUGUGGUUCCCUACACCAGCCGAUGGCUGAUGGAUGACGGCGUGGUGGUAGAGCCACUAGUGGGGAAUAGGAUCCAGAGAUCCCUGUCAGCAAUGGAUGCAGCUAUGGUAUCAGUCUGGGGCCCUGGAGCCAUCAAUCUCGACAAGCUCGCCGAAGAAGGCACCCCGGCAAAAUCCCAGCUCCUGUGGGGCCUCCACCUAGACUUUGAAGAACAGGUUGUGGUCCUCCCGGAACCGAAGCGAAUAAAGGCGAAGUAUCUCCUAAGAGAGCCUCAGCUUCAAAGGGGGUGCCAACGAGUUCGUACCAAGCUGCUCCGAGAACUGGCAGGGACAGCGCAGUAUUGGGCCGUCUCCGCUCCGGAGAUUGCACCCUAUCUACCAGUCUUUUACAGGCUCCUGCAGCAGGAAGUAGGCGAUCAUGAAUGGGUGAAACCCAGGGGCUCCGAGAGUGAGCUAGAGGCUGCCUGGGCUGAGUUCUGGGAUGCGCUCGAUUGGGUUCGCCUCCAGAUGGAAAAGCCUUGGGGAACCAGUUUCAGAGCAGCUUUCGGCAAGCUCCUGCCGUUAAGGGAAAGGCUCGCACUCCCUGGCAUGGCCGCUUCGGCCCGAUUCGUUGGAGGAGAUGCCACGCUAACCAGGCUCGGAAGCACUGAUUGGAAGGAUAGAUGCUACCACAUGGCGGACAGCAGCAGAUACGUCAGGGCCGUGAGCGAAGUCGUAGGGGGCGGAGAUCACUUGGAGAUCAUCGGAGUGAUGGAGCUUCUGACGUUCAUUGUCCUGGCAGCGGCGCGGAAGGAAACCUGGCAGGGGCAACUGAUCCUUUAUGUGACUGACAACAUGAAUGUCAAAGCAUGGUUACGUACCAGGCGCGCUUCAAACAGAUACGUGAGGGCGCUCUUGCUGCUGCUCCAGCGGCUCGAAGCGGAGAAUAGCUUCACUGUCGAUGGAGCGUACGUCCGUACCUACCACAAUACUCUCAACGACUGGCUGACAAGGGAGGAUGAAGACAAGGUCCAUGCGGAAAUGGAAAGCAGUGGCUGGACCCGCCUCGAGCUCAAUGAGGACUGGGAAGGACUCCUGCGAGAAGCCAUGCGCCCCACGUUGAAGCUACCAGGGGAGAAGGGCCCGAGUGCAGCUUUAGCCAUUCAGCUGGCCAACGAACAGCAAACCGUGCAUGCCUUCCCCGCCAAGAUCGAACCAAAGCCAUUCAAAGGGGGACUCCACCAAAUCCGGCUAGGGUCGGAACUACUGACGUUCGAGCUGGGGUGGGUCAAGGGCGGAGGACGACUUAUCGUUGACCAGCCCAGGGAGCUCUCUGAAACCAGCCGAAAUCGCCUGAUGCAGCUUCAGGUUCAAUGGGGUCAGGCACAAGUGGUCGACUAUCAGACUUCACACCACGGCAGCUUCUUUGCCAGGGCCAGAAGACUUUGGCUUUUUGGAGGAACGGCCGACGAAAAGGAGAGAGUUCAAGCAUGGCGAGUUGCACAAGUCAACGAGUGUCAGAUGUUACCUCUGCGAUCCGCAGAGGAGUCAGGUAAGGGAUUAUGCCCGCCCGACUACCUUUUCACGAGAGAACCAAACCUCAUCACCACCGGAGACAAGUGGCUUCCAAAACCAGUCGGCCACUUGGUUGACGUGCGCGCCGGCAGCAGGCACCUGGUCCAUAGCACACGGGGCCCAGCUUGCGGACCUAGGCUCACAGGUGAGCGUCUCAAGAUCCCAGGAGGCACCCUGUUGGAAGAUGGGACGGGUCUGGUCCGUCCUCUCCUCCCAGAAGAGGUGUGGGAAAUGCAAGGGGGCCUCGCAGAGGAUUGGCGUUCCGCCGACUCGAAGAGAAAGGAUCGCAUGAUAGCAGCUGCAGUCCGGGAGCCAGGCUGGCAAGUGGCUAUGAGUCUCAUGCAGGCUCUGACUGGAACCGAUGGGAAGGCAGGAGUCCUGGACCCCGAUGAGAUCCAAGCCCACGAGCAACUAGAGGUCUGGCUGCGAGCGUGGGGGAGGAACCCGAAGGCUCCCUCUUCCGAGCUUUUCCUUACUUCGUGGAAAGAGCCGCGUGUGGCAGUGGCACCCACUCAUGAGUUCGUGGGAGCGACAACCCAGGCGAAAGCAGGCGGAGGCAAACGCACCACCGUGAAGCCAGCACUCAGUGAAGUGGAGAGGCUGGUCCAGCCCGCAUCCAAAAGAGGCGGGACUACUGGGACCCCCCGCCCCCGAGGAGGGAGCACAGCAGAGCUUGACCAGGUAGCCAUGGAAGCUGUCUUGGCCAAACUGGCUGAUUCAACUCGCAGGGUCUAUGCAUCAGGCUGGAAGCAAUGGGCGUUGUACAAUGCCAGCUCGGGCACUCACCCGUUCCUUGACGGAGAAGAGCGCUCCGCUCGGACUGAAGACGAUACCCUGAUCCACUGGUCGGGCGACCUCGGUUGUGGGCAGCGGUUGCGGGUCUACAACGUUGGGAAGGUCCUACAGCCCCAUCGGUGGCGCAGCCCUGAAGACGAGGCGCCUUUGUUCCGCUAUGAAGACGGGACGGGGCUUGACAGAGAGGGCAUCACCCAUUUCAUCAAGAUAGCUGCAUUGGCCGCCGGGGUAUCGUUUGCAGUGAAGGCUGGUGCUAUGGAUGCUACUGAUGAAAGUGCCGAUGGGGGACGAAAGCCAGCAGCUCCAGAUCGAGCCAAUGCAGCGAACCUCUUUGUAGCAGCUCACCCAGGACUAGAUCUUUAUCAAUUCCUGGGUGUUCCACCCGGUGCGACUCCAGCUCAGGUGCUCACCGCAUAUCGUCGCAGGUCCCGUGAGACUCAUCCAGACCGCUUUGCAACUGCUGGGGAAGAUGUCCAGAAAGCCAAAGGAGAGGAGUUUAAGAUGUUGGGAAUGGUCCGAGAGAUCCUCUUGGAUCCACUGAUGGCCACUCAAUACAUGAGGUGGAGACAAGAGCAAAUUGCUGCAAAGCAUGGGCGAGGCCGUUCCCCAGUUGUUCCAGCUGGUGUCUAUGCCAAGCAAGCUUCAUCAUUCCAACAAGCCAGAUCAAGUUUUGAUCGGUCCGGCGCAGGAGCCAGCAGCUCGGGAGGAGCAGGCCGGGAGGUGCCUCGUAAACCGCCCCCCCUUCACAGGGAUAUCCUGGAGGAGGAGCGCAAGGAGGACCGCCCCCAGCCAAAGGCGACCCAACCAUACACUGGAGGGGGCAUGGUGGACGAUUUGCGAGUUCCUCGCAUCGCACUGGCAGAUGUAGGGGUGAAACGAUCAGACGCUCCGUCUGAGUCUUGGUGGUCAGAGACGUCAUCCAGAUAUAGGGCCCCUUCGAGCUGGUUGGAGCCCCGGUCUGAGCCUUGGGUCGAAGAUGACCUUCCACCGGAGAGCACCGUCCCAGACAACGAGGAUGACUAUGUGUAUGUUGAGGUGGAAGCUGAAGACGAUGACAUGGACAUCCUCCAAGACCACCAAUUCGAUGAAGAAGAUUGGGACGAGCCGGCAUGGGAAGAGCUCCCUGAGGAGGGGACCGGGUCUGAGCAAGUCUUCCAAACCUUCGAUCAAGCCGUGAUGCAAGGACUGCUCCAGUUCAUGGAUUUCGUGAACAGAGGACGGGCCAAGAUGCUGAUUGAAGGUGCUCCACCUAUGACUUCUGUCCCAAAAGAGGUCCGGGAGGCAUGUUUGGGAGACCAUCCGGGGCUUCUAAAAAUGCAUCCCAGCGCAAAAGCAUGGCUAAUGGCAGGGACGAAAGGUGUCGAAUUCAAGAAGCCACCACCUCCUAAGCCUCCCAUGCUUUCGGCUCCCCCAAAGGUGGCUCCGCCGCCACUUCCAAAGCCAGCUCAUCCAGAACAGGUACCUGAGCCAAAGGAGCCGCCGAAAGCCCUAGCCCCCAAACCAGUUCCUCCAGUGCUGAUGCAGAAGACACCAGCACCAAAGAAGCCCCCUCCGCCACUGCCAGCAGCCAACUAUGCCAUGCCGGCAAGAGCUAUAGGACUCGGUUCAGGCGCAACAGCAUCAUCUUCUGAGGGCGCUCCGCCCACUGAGGUGAACCACCUUGGGUUUGACGAGUCUGAAGUCGACUAUGGUGAUGACGAUGAUCGAACCCCUGAGGAGAAGGCAGAAGAUGAGGAGCUGCUCGAGAAGACCAAGACGAAAGUGGAAGCUUUCCUGCGAGCACCCCCAGAGAUGAGGAAGACGCUUCGCUCCCAAGCCUGGAAGCGGUGCAAGAGCAAACUGGAGGAGCUCAACUUUGAGUUCAGCACUCGUCCACUGCCCGAAAUGCACCCAGGCAAAUUCGAGAAGGAUCUCGAGGAUGGCUUCACCUAUGCGGAGGCCAAACAACGCCAAAAGGGCCGGCAACGGGCCGCCCGACAUCAGCGAGCCUUGGCUGAAAUGGAGGGUGCCUCCUUUGAGGAUUUCCCGAAAUCCUGGUCACAUGGGUAUUCCAAGCAAGUCCUGAAGCCGGGUUUCCUCGAAGAGAAGAACAAGGAGCGGGCCCGCCGAAAAGCUAUAAAGGCCAACUAUCGAUCCGAUAGAUCACGCAGCACUCCACCACCUCGCCAGUCAGCUGCUCCAGCUGCUGCAUCCAACCAGGCUGAAGCUGAAAGCACGGCCAACUGGGAAGCAGGAAGUCAAUGGCACGACUGGCAAGCGAGACGCAGCAGUGAGUGGCAAUGGCAUCAACCAGAUGUCACACAACGGAGAGAUGCAAAUGCCGCAGACGAUGACGACUGGGGCAACUGGACCAGAGAUGGGCAACGAGGCAGCAACCAAGAUGGCUGGUCCAGCUAUGACUAUGGAAACCAUCAGGAUCGACAGUGGAACCAGUGA